GGGCCCGCUAGGCUGCGAGGCUAAGCAACAAUAGCAACAACAUUGAACCUAUGGCUAUUGAACAUAGACUAAGCAGAAUUUCAAAGCCAUUUGGUAAUCUACACGAUCAUUGAGUCGGCAGCCAGUGCCAGACAGCAAUACUGUCAAAGUAGGCAUAGCAACGUUCACACUGGUUAUGAUGGAGCAGCUGAGGUGGUUACCAUGGAAGAUUACAAAGAAAGCAGAAGUGGUGGUCAGGUCGUUUUAAGAAAAGCAACAGCGGAACGUGAACAGAACGAAAAAGAUGGAAACCGAAAAAGGAGUAGCAGAAGCAAACAUGAGGGGAAAUAUGGUUAAUUUCUCUCAUGAGGCAUUGGCCAGGCAACUGCAGGAGAAAGCAGAACUCGUCUGUAUUGGAAUGGCCCCUGGUGACCAGUCGUACAGGCCAAACUAUCUGCCACCAGAGGAAGACUGCUGCACUCGUGGAGACAAUGAGACAUCUGAUAAUACAUCUACUGAGAGCAUCCAGCAGGUUGCAAAGACGGGAUAUAGACCAGGCCUAGGCCGUCAUCAAUUGAAUAUAAACAAUGGCGAGCAGGAGAAGAAUUCUAUGGAGUGCCCCAUGGAAGGAUGCACUAAGACCUUCACCUGGCCUGCCCAUCGCAAGUACCAUCUUCUCACUCACAGCAAUAACAGAGCUUACCAGUGCUCACUGGACACGUGUGCGAGAAGCUUCUAUACCUUGCAGCGCCUUAAGGUGCAUAUGCAGGUGCACACGGGAGAACGGCCUUUCUCAUGCACACACAAGGGCUGUGGCAAGCAAUUUUCCACCCAGGGUAACCUGCAGAAUCACCUGAGAACACAUUCUGGAGAAAAGCCAUUUGCCUGUUCACAGGAGGGCUGUAGUAUGAGCUUUGCUGAGCGUUCUAGUCUAAGAAAGCACAUGCUCGUUCAUACUGGUGAGAAGCCGUACGUGUGUGAUUUGUGCGGCAAACACUUCUCACAGAGUGGAAGUCGCAACCAGCACAUGAAGCGUUGCGUCGGGCACGUAUCCCCGCGCUUUGCCGCAGCGAAGACUGGCGCCAACAAGCGCAGGCAGGCAGACGAUGGUAGCGCCACCAUGGUUCCAACGUUUUUCGCUCUGCCGCUGGCGGAUUCCACUCGGAUUCUCAUUGUACAGCAAGCUGAGAACGAUGUCUUCCACGUCCAGGACCUCACCACCGGUACAAGAGAGUCGGUCAUUCUGACAGGCAACACUGAGCCUGUGUCGUCACCUGUGUCAGAGCCACUGGUACACACCCCACCACACCCGUGCCCUCACCACAUACUGGGAGCUGAAGAAGUGUUGUUGCCAGCAGCAGAGAGCAUCGUUGAUGAUGUGACAGACACACAGCUGGCAUUAUCACAGCAAUCCUACUCGAACGUUGUCGUUGUAACGGAGCCCCACCUGGUGGCGAUGGACGCAGAAUACGGACACCAGCCGACGUCAGACAUGGAAUACCAGCAGCACGAGAUUCUCGAUACAGGUCGUGAGGAAAUUCUCAUUGCUCAAGACGUGCCCAUCAUGCAGACAGACGACAGCGAGUCUAUAGCUGAUGCCACGAUACCAAAGGAUCACGGCAUAGCUGAGCACGACGGGAUGCCCACCAGUCACGUUAUGGUAGCAGACGACAACGUAUGCACUAGUGACGACGGCUUCUUGAAUUACGAGCCACUGAUGGCGACAACGAACACGAAUCUUUAGCGAGUCGUGACAAUAGGAAUGAAAGGAGUAUGAAAAGAGAUAGAACAAUUGCGGAAGCAAACCACUUGCUGUGUUACAUGUUUAAUACAACUGUUUCAGGCAAGAUGCUAAUGCUCGAAAUUAAAAAGGAGAAACUUCGGACGAAAGUAUUGUGAAUAAUUAUACAUAUUAGAGUUUAUUGGAGUGAACAGAUUAAAUACUAUGGUUUCAUCAUGAAAUGUAAAGAAGUUUACGUUAUUAAAAUUAUUUAUUAUUUCUAAAAAAG